AUGAAAACGCUGUUUGCCUUGCUGAGGGCCUCUCCAAGAUACCUACAAGUGUAUCGAACCUCUAAGCAAACUGUUCUCUCACACAUAACGUGGAACCAGAUUACACCGGUUGUUGUGCCAAUUGCGCUAGCUGCGCUCCAGCAGCAAGAGCAUAGAGCAACACAAAACAAUCACGGGACUCUAUGCGAAACUCUGGAAAAUGCUCGACAGACGACCAUGAGAAAAUCCUAUGAGAUUCCGCUAGAAACAUCGAGGAUGCUGCUGCAGUUUCAUGAAAACGUAGAAUUUUUCAUAUCGGACUUUGUUGUCAGCCGCCUCCCUAUCAUCGAGAACUAUCUGUAUCCUGAGACAUCACACUUGUCGACGAAGGCCUCUUGGUACGGAGCCGCGAGCCCCAAGAUAGGUCGUGCUCUAUCACAAACUGAAUAUUCACGACUGGCACGAGCAUUUUAUCAUUUGGAGCUCUACGGUAGUCUCUUCUCUCGCUUGGAUGCAGAGGAAGAUGAUACAAGUGUAAGCGAGCAGUCAUGUGACUUUCUGCAAAGUCUCAAAGAUUGGGAGCUUGAAGAACUUCUCUGCGUACGGGAUUACCUUAUUGAAAGACUUACAGAAUAUCUGAACCAAGUCGAGGAUGAUUUCAUGCAAGGGUUUCUGGAGGAUGAGCCACACAUCAUCGAGACAGCCGGCCCUGACAGCAGAUGGAACAAUGUUGACUGGUUCUUUUCUGAUGAUGCCCAUGGCCAAUUUCAGGAAGGAUGGCUGCAGGGUUGCCUAUCAAGGGGCUUAGAAGAAAUCAGAGCGAUAUUGACAGCUGAUACAUCUGAAGCCAGAUUUGACGCUCUUGGAAGCACGGAUCUUGCACCGAACCCCUUUGGGCGGGCUCUGGAAGCCUUGCCCACAAAACUAAGCCCAUGGAGAACGUGUUGUUCUGGGAAUGACUGUAAAAAUGCUAAAUACAUCGACGAUGCCGAAAAGCACAACGCAGCUUGGUCGUGGGCAAUAAAGGGCCGACGCCACCCAAGAUCUUUCCCCGACUACGCCAAUAACCCAAGUUACACUGGUUUGAGACGUUGGGGGUACAUGAUCUGGGACUACGAGAGACUGGAAAGCCUGGGGAUCCUAAGUCAAGAGUAA